AUGCCAGUGUCAACUCCCAAACUCGACGAGAAAGAGGCUAUCGGCAGUCCUUCUGAGGAGGGCUCCAAGGCUGAUGUGGUCUCGCUAGAGACGACAACCGGCGUAGUAGCGGUACCGUUCGAGGCUUACCUUUAUUACGCCGCAAUUCAGAGGCUCGACGAAGACCCCGAGCCACCAAAGGGGUUCAACAAGUUCUUGAACGGCUUGUCCCGCCACAAGGGCGACAAUGUCAACAUCGAUGUCACGCCCCACCUCGAAAAGCACCGCGAAAUUCCGCUGUCUGAGCGAGAGGCCGCGUCCAGGGCCCUUCGUUUGGCUUCUUGGAGUAGCGCGUUUUACUUGAUCACGACGGACAUUUUGGGCCCUUUCAAUGCACCAUAUGCCAUAUCCGUGACCGGCUGGGUCCCCGGCAUCCUGCUCUACUUUUUCAUGGGUCUGAUCGCGUCAUACACCGGACUUUUGCUGUGGCGACUCUACAUCCGCCUCGACUCCCCAAAAUACCCGAUCCAAAGUUAUGCUGACCUUAUGCAUCGGAUCUACGGGACCACUGCUCGUCGAAUCUCCAAUGUCCUCCAGAGUGUUCAGCUGCUUGUUGUGGUUGGAAUCAUUUGUCUUGCAAAUGGGCAAGCUCUUUCACAACUUGCUAAAGGUCAUAUCUGUUUCUCUGCAGCCAUUAUUGUUUGGGCAAUACUUGGUGGCAUGAUAGGACAGAUUCGAACACUGAAGAACUAUGGCUGGCUGGCUAACAGCGCUGUUUGGAUCAACCUGAUCAUUGUGUUUGCAGCAAUGGGAUUUGUUGCUCACAGUCCACCAAACUAUGCUGCUGCUGAAACAUCUCUUGGUGUUCCUUUUGGCCCUAUUCAAACUCAAUUGUUUGCCAAAGUUCCAUUAUUUUUCCAGGUUAAUGGUAUCAUGAAUAUGGUCUAUGCAUAUGGAGGUGCUAUGAUUUUCCCAGAAAUCAUGGCUGAAAUGAGGCGGCCAAUGGAUUUCUGGAAGGGCAUGGUUAUGGCCCAAUUAUUAAUCUUUACUGCCUAUCUAAUUUUUGGUGCUUUUGUUUAUUCAAAACAAGGGCAAUUUGUCCUUCCAUUAGCAUAUCAAGGUGUCUCAAAAUAUAGCUGGCAGACAGUGGGAAAUAGUUUGUCACUUAUUUCUGGCAUUAUUGCAGCAGGACUUUAUGGUAAUAUUGGGAUCAAGGUCGUUUAUCACAAUAUUAUUGUGGACUGGUUCAAGGGUCCCCAGCUUAUGAGCACAAAAGGGCACUAUAUCUGGGCUGUCCUUGUUGUGCUCUACUGGGCCCUAGCUUUUAUUGUGGCCUCUGCAAUUCCUCAAGUUGCUGUAAUCAAUGGACUUAUUGCAGCUAUUGCUAUUAUGCAGUUCACUUACACAUUCCCUCCAAUGCUGCGGCUUGGAUAUGAUGUUAUCAGUGAUGCAAUGGCAGCAGAUUAUCCUUUCAAUCCUGCCACAGGAAUGCCAAAUCGAGUUGACACAUGGCAGGACUGGUCCAGAUGGAAGAGGGGCCUCUUCUCUGGUCGCUGGUACUUCAAGCUAUUUAAUUUCUUGUUGAUGCUUGCUGCAUUAGCUAUGGCUGGACUUGGUCUCUGGGCUGCAGGAGAAACAGCAAAGACAGUGUUUUCUUCAGCUGGAGCAGCUACUUCCUUUGGGUGCAAGGCACCAGUCUAA